GUGUAUUGUAUUUGAGAUUAAGGCAUGGUAGAAGUACUAUUUUUCUAAUUAUUUUUGUUAAGUGAUAAAAAGUUAAUUCAAAAAAAAAAAUGUCCAAUCAUUCUGAAUUUUCUCCUAAUGGAGAAUACUGGGCACAAUGUAGUAAUGAUGGUAAAUUAAAAAUUUGGGAAACAUCAACAAGUCGUUUAAAGCAAGAAUUUACUCCAAAUCUUCACUUGUCAUCACCAUGCAGUGUUUUAGAAUGGCUGAUUGUCGGCCAACAAGCUCCCACCACGGCAUCACCAUGGAAAAAAAGAAAAAGGAAAUCAGGUGUUAUCGAGGAUACCGAACAAAAGCAAAUAAUUGCAAUGGGUUCAGUUAGUGGAAAAGUAACACUUUAUGAUUUAUCAACAGCAUCAGUAUGUAGUAUAUUAGAUAAUGGUCAUACAUCAACAAUAACAGCAAUAACAUGGUCAGCAAUAAGUGGUCUAUUUACUGCUGGUGAUGAUCAUCAAAUAAUACAAUGGAAUAUACAAGAUAAUUGUUUAAAAUGUAAAUGGACAUCUGGAAAAGUUAAAGUAACAUCUUUAGAAACAUUGAGUGAUGGUAAAUCAUUAAUAUCAGCUGGUAGAACAAUAACAUGGUGGAACCUAGAUACAAAACAAAUUAUUGGUACAUUUACUGGUCAUGCAACACAAAUAAAUUUAUUAAAAUCAAUUAAAAUUGAUGAUAAUAAUAGUUAUUUAAUAAGUGGAUCAAUUGGUACAAAUUAUUUAUCAGUAUGGUCAUUAAAUGAACCAAAAAAAAAUAAAACACCAACAACAAGUUUACAAUUAAAUGAUGAUCCAGUAUCAUUGUCAGUUAAAAAUUAUGAUGAUAAUUCAACAAUAACAAUUUUAGCUGCAAAUAGAUCUGGACAAGUUAAUGUAUUUAAUUAUCAACCAAAUGGACAAACAAUUAAACAAUUAAAUCCAAGUUUAACUGUUAUUAUUGCAUCUGAUUCAUCAUCAUCAUUAUCAACACCAACACAACAACAAAAAGAUUCAUCACAAGUACAAUCAAUACCAAUACAAACAGCAUGUUUAACUGAUGAUCAAAAAUUAUUAAUUGCAUAUGGUAAAUUAAUUGAUUUAACAUUUGAAAAAUUAACACCAGAUUAUUCAGAUAAAGUACAAAGUUUAAUAAGAACAGAUGGUAGAAAAUUAAAAGAUAAAAAAGAUGAAAGUAUAAGUAAAAUUAAAGCAGUUGAUACUGAUAAUGCUGAAUAUGUAACAAGUGGAUUAACAACAUUAAAUAAAAGAACUAAAAAUUCAACUGGUUCACAAUUACCAUUAAAAGAUAGACUGGAAAAUUUAAGUUUAAAUGUUGAAAAUAUAAAUACAAAUGGUAAAACACCAACAAAAGUACAUAACAUGGCACAAUUAUUGAUACAAGGAUUAAAUAGUAAAGAUAAAACAAUAUUACAAAAUGUAUUAAAUAAUCGUGAUGAAAGAAUUAUUAAAAAUACAAUUGGUAGUUUACCUGUUCAAGCAAUAACACCAUUAUUGAAAGAGUUGACAGUAAUGUUACAGGGUAAAACUUAUCCAAGUAGAAUUGCUGUAACAUGGUUAAAAGCACUUGUACUUUCUCAUGCUGGUCAUUUGUUAUCACAUCCAGAUAUUGGUGAAGCUGUUAGUCCAAUUCUUGGUAUUAUUGAUGGUAAAUUAUCAAUUCUAUCUGAUUUAUCAAGAUUGAGAGGACGUGUUGCUCUUGUUACUGGACAAAUAUCACAUCUAAAUGAUAAAGAAAAUAAAGAAUUUAUUGGAGAUAAUAAUUCUACUUAUGUUGAAUAUAAAGAUGGCUCUUCUGAUGAGGAUGACAGUGAUGUUGGUGAGCUAGAAGCUGAUAGCUCAUCUGAUCAAACCUGGGAAGAAAAUAGUGAUGUUGAAGAUCAAGAUGAUUUAAUGGAAAAUGGUAAAUCUGAUGAUGAUGAUGAAGACGACGACGACAAUAAAUCAAUUGCUAGCGAUUAAAACAAUAAAAUCAAAAUUAUAAAUAUUUUUUUUUUUUUAAAUAAAAAUAUUACACAAUUUAAAAUUACUUUUGACAAUUAAUAAAUUAAAUUAAACACAUUUACAUUGUCUCAGGGUUUGAUAAUAAAUAUUUAA